AAGCACAUAUUCUACACACGCAGGUCUAUUUCGGACGCAGAGGAACUGUCACCACAUAAAUCUAUCGUUUCCUCUAUUGUUCUGCGCUCUCGAAACAUUCCUCGAAACACCGAGUACCCCGCCAGCUGCAGGCCCCGCAGAGUCAGGGCGCUGGAAACCCACGAGUCAGUCCGCCCAUUCACAGAAGUACUAUCUAUUAUCGAUCAGGAGCCAAGAUUUAAUCGGAGUCCUGUGCUACUCCUUUCGCACAUAAAUUCUCGAAUAAGGUGGUAAUCAUAUUUCAACUCUCUAUUCUCCAUCAUGGCUUCAUCCAACCGACUCCGCAGAAUCGCCAAAGAGCUGGCAGACAUCCAGAGCGACACAGCGUCCAAGAUACUUGCAGAGGCAGCGAAUGGUGGUUCCGAUUUGUCACAUCUCCAUGCCUCAUUUCCUGGACCACCAGAUACACCUUACGAAGGUGGAACAUAUGUGGUGGACAUUCAAAUUCCUAAUGAAUACCCAUUUCGGCCACCUGUGAUGAAGUUUAAGACAAAGCUGUGGCACCCAAAUGUCAGCAGUCAGACUGGAGCUAUCUGUCUCGACACCUUGAGUAGUGCUUGGUCGCCUGUUCUGACGAUUAAGUCUGCUCUUCUGUCCCUGCAAUCUCUUCUCAGCACCCCCGAACCAAAGGACCCACAAGACGCAGAAGUUGCUAGCAUGCUUAUGAAGAACCCGGAGCAAUUUCAAAGAGUUGCACGGGAAUGGGCCAUCAAGCAUGCAAAUGCACCAAAGACUACCAGUUGGGAGACCACUAUUGCUCAUUCACCUUCCAACUCGAAGCCGAAGAGCCAAAAGGUCAUCUCUCGGGAGGAACAGUUGAGAUUGGAGGCUGCUCGAUAUCAAGGAUACAACAAAGACCUUAUCGACCGUUUCGUGAACAUGGGUUUCGAUAUCGACCGGGUAGUAGAGGCCUUUACCUUUGUCAACAUCGACAAAAACAAUGGAGAGGACUAUGAACUUGAAGAGGCCUAUAUGGGUGAUAUUACAGCCAGACUUCUUGGUGAACCUUGAUAUUUUGCAGAAUAAAUCGGACUGCAUAAACUAAAUACCUUACGGAAUAGCACGAAUUUCUCAUGAUAACGGACACAGGUUGCAUGGAACGGAGUCACGAGAAUAUUGUUCUGUUGAUGCAGGCAGCGAGGG